UGGGUGGACCUUCAUGUGGAGUGGGGGACGUUUAAAUUGUCAAUAUUCACCCGGAAUGUCUGAAGGGACAGUUAUGGCACAAGCACUGUACUUUACCUUUGUUUUGUCGUGUUUGAUAUGUGGAUCAUAUGGUCUCGUUUCAUCUGGCAAUGGCACAACUACAGUGAGGUCUGUGGAUUAUAAUACAACUAGAGCUGUUACUCCGACUGAGAGACGAGAUUCUACAACUAAACUAAAUACAACCCAGAGCAAUAAAAGCACCAACGCACCAGCGGUAAAGUUGACAUCUACAACGACUUCAAAGGUACUGACAACUACUACUAGACCACCGAAAACGACCACCACCGCUAACUAUAGUUUCAACACAGAAGACUUAAAUGAGGGUAUCGACAAGAAAGUGGAAAAAAGAGUAUGGAACAAAGAACCUGAGGAUGAACCACUCGAAUUUGAGUGCCCUCCGCUGGGGCUGGAGUCUCUGAGGGUGAAGGACACACAGCUGCGGGCCUCGUCCUACAAGCGCCGGGGACUUGGACCUCACCGCGGUCGACUCAACAUCCAGUCUGGUAUUGAGGACGGGGACAUCUAUGACGGGGCGUGGUGCGCCCAGUAUGAGGAUAAGAAACAGUGGCUGGAGGUGGAUGCCCGGCGACCCACGCGCUUCACCGGGGUCAUCCUGCAGGGACGCAGCUCAAUCUGGAGUUGGGACUUCAUACUCACCUACAAGGUCCAGUUCAGUAAUGACACCCUGGUCUGGCAGCCAGCUAUGAAUGGGACUAAAGAGGCAGUAUUUGAGGGGAACCAGGAUACUGAAACUCCAGUGUUGGCCCUAUUUAACGAGUCGGCUACAGUGGCGCGCUACAUCCGCAUCAAUCCACAGAGCUGGUACGAGAACGGAACUAUCUGUCUGAGAGCUGAGGUUCUGGGCUGUACCCUACCAGAUCCUAACAAUAUCUACGCUUGGCAGCAGACAGAGCAAGGCACCCAAGACAAGCUGGACUUCAGACACCACAACUACAAGGAGAUGAGGAAACUCAUGAAAUCAGUGACCGAGGCCUGCCCUGACAUCACACAUAUCUACAGCAUCGGGAAGAGUCACAUGGGUCUCAAGAUGUACGUCAUGGAGAUCUCCGACCACCCUGGAAAGCAUGAGCUGGGCGAGCCAGAGUUCCGCUAUGUGGCUGGCAUGCAUGGGAAUGAAGCCCUGGGUCGGGAGCUGCUGCUCAACCUGAUGCAGUAUAUCUGUCAGGAGUACAAACUGGGAAACCAGCGCAUCGUCCGGCUGGUCAAGGAGACACGCAUCCACUUGCUGCCAUCCAUGAACCCCGAUGGUUAUGAAAUGGCCUUCAAGAAGGGUUCCGAGUUGGCGGGGUGGGCGCUCGGUCGCUAUAGCUACCAGGGCAUCGACAUGAACCACAACUUUGCUGACCUGAAUAAAGUCAUGUGGGAUGCUAUUGAAUUUGACUUCCAAAAUAACGAUAAGUCCAAACUCAUCAACCACUACAUCCCCAUACCAGAGUACUAUACCUCAGAGGACGCCUUUGUGGCCUUAGAGACGCGUGCUGUCAUUAACUGGAUGCAGAACAUCCCGUUCGUAUUAAGUGCCAACCUCCACGGGGGUGAACUGGUGGUCACCUACCCCUUCGACAGGACUGAAGACUGGGCACCUCACGAUGACACCCCUACACCGGACAAUAGUUUCUUCCGCUGGCUGGCCACGGUCUAUGCCAGCACCAACCAGGUCAUGUCAAAUCCAGACCGCCGGCCUUGUCACAAUGAAAACUUCCAACGCUACAACAACAUCAUCAACGGAGCCAACUGGCACACGGUCCAAGGAAGCAUGAAUGAUUUCAGCUAUCUACACACCAACUGCUUCGAUGUGACAGUGGAGUUGUCCUGUGAUAAGUUCCCCCAUGCCAGUGAGCUGCCCAUCGAGUGGGAGAACAACAAAGAGUCUUUACUGAUCUACAUGGAGCAGGUCCACAGAGGACUCAAGGGUGUGAUCAGAGACAAAGACACAGAGGCUGGCAUUGCAGAUGCCAUAAUCAAAGUGGAUGACAUCGACCACCAUAUUAGAUCAGUUGCUGACGGGGACUACUGGCGCCUGCUAAACCCGGGCGAGUACGAGGUCACGGUGAGCGCCGAGGGCUACAACCCAUCCACACGUAUGUGCCGUGUGAUGUACGAGCAUUACCCCACCAUAUGUGACUUCCGCCUCACCAAGACCCCCAAACAGAGGCUGAAGGAGAUCCUGGCCAAGGGGGGCAAGCUCCCCAAAGACCUGCAGCUGAGGCUACGACAGCUGCGUCUGAGAAAACUGAGGGCCAGCACCAAGGCCAUCAACAGUAGGCGUGCGGCUGCUAGCAGGAAGGCACGGGGGUCGUGAUCUUGACCCGGCCUUUGGUGAACCAAUCACAACACACUUUGUCUGGAGGGUUGUUGUAUUUAAUUGGCUCGUGAGGGAAGUUCCUGGUUUAAGUAAGUUUGGAAGUCUUUACACCAUGUGGGCAGUUCUGUAAGGCUAGCCUACUGAGAUACAAAAAAAAUGUAAAUUUAAAAUGGAUUGUACUUCCGGUAUGGUUUAGUGAUUUAUUUCUGAAGAAAGGGACAGAUUGUAUUUAGAUAUUUGAAUCAAAUUAGAGCAAAUAAAUGCAAGGUGAUUUUGGAUUAAAAUACCCUUUCAAACGUGUAUAACAGGAAAAAAUAUUAUUUUCUUUUGAAGAACUCCGGUUAGUUACAACAACAAACCAAGUUGCAUGAUGCUGUUCAAAUCCACCGUUGGGUAGAUAUACCACUAUUCAAGUCAAAUUCAUGCCACAAAUUACAGACCAAACUCAAACUGAGACUAAAAUGACUCGUGCAUCAUGCCAUAGAGACGAGAGCUCUGCUGUUACAGUCUGGAACUGAUAAGAGUUCUACAUGAGAUAUUUUAAAUCUAUUCAAAUGAAAUUAUAUGAUUUCUAAUGUUUGUCUUUCUUUGGUUCAUUUUUGUACUACCAAAAUUAAAUGCUGGCAUUUGGAUGUCCUUGCAAGCCAAGAGACAAUGUUAUGAAUGGAUCCCAAAUAAAGCUUUACUUAUAAACACCAAUA